AUCUGCAACCAAGGUUACGGUAAAGUUCAAAGUCAUUCAAACCAGCGGCAACUUCAAGAUGGAAGCGUGCUUUUGAAACUGCAAGGAAAUCGCAAGGGUUAUCGCAUUGAGAACUAACCCCCUGCAACAUUAGACCGAUUACGCUGGCGAAUGGAGGAGUACGACCUUGACAAUCACUUGGUCCAUCCUUGGGUCGUUCAGUUGGCCGCUUGCUGUACGAAAUCCAGCAAGCAACUUAACUGGAUAAGAGCUUUUAAUGCGUUCGGCCUCGCAUGUCACAGACACUGGCCGCUCAAGUUCUCAUUUCAAAUGGAGAAUGAAAAAGCGAUCAUCCAAUAUAUAAUCAGUACCAGAACGUCGGCUAGGAUUCAACGGCGCGUUCCGUCAUGGAAGAAUGGUACCGGUUCCAGACGCAGUUUUCACCUUUCCUGAAGUUGCCAUCGCCCGGAAUCGGUGUUCAUACGGGUAUAGAAUAUGGGAGGGGCCUUGUUAAGGACCUGAACAGCAGAGUCUCCGAUAAGAAACCUGCUCAAGACGAGGCGGUCGAAAAGGAUGUGGCGGCAUAGGAUGGAUGUUGAUGUGGUGAGGGCUUUGGUACCAAAAUUGUAGAAGGAACAGAAUCUAGCCCAGGACUCCGCCAGGACAUGAGCCGACCCUUCCCCCAUUUCUUUCCCUCCUGAAGUUAUGAGCCUUUGUCUCAAUAUCCUAUCAGGU